GUGGACAGAAGAGUGUGCGGGGUAACAGGUCGCUCCUCAUGGUCGUCAGCAGUGUUGUUUUAGUGCUCGUGGAGUUCAGUGGGUGUUGAAGAAAGAAAAUUGUAUGUUUUAAAGUGAUCUGGUUAAUGUGCAUUUGGAAAAGAUGGAUUUUCUUACUACUGGUAAACGCUUGUUUAUUAUAAGUGCUUCUGUGUUUUGUCUGGACUCUGUCGUGACAGUGAAGAAAUUUAGAUUGCGAGACGGUGGAUCGAGCCUCCAGCAUUCCUUUGAGCUGAAAAAUGAAUAUGAAUUUAGUGCUGCACAUGCAUAAACAGAUACAAUACAGAAAAAGAGAAACAGAGUUUGGGCAGGACCUGGCUGGCAUGGAUCAGUAGGCCCUCUGCUGUGAUUCUCUGACUCCUAGAAGACAUUGGUGAUUGGCUGACCAGGAUGGCUGACCUCCCUCCACCACCACCACCACUGUACGAUAUAAACAACCUGCCACCUCCACCACCACCACCACAGGUAGAUUACGAAGUGGGUCUCCCACCACCGGUGGGAGUGUGUGAUAAUGUUCCACCACCACCGCCACCACCACCGCCAGAUUACGACCUCUCCUCGUCUCCCCAAAAGAUGGGGAGAGGACACGACACCUCCCAACUCAUUCCACCUCCACCACCACCACCACCAGACUACGAGCUACCUUCACCUCCCCACCAAGUGGAGAUGGGUAAGGACAUCUCCCCACUACCACCACCCCCACUACUGCCCUCCCCGGACUACGAGCUGCCUUCACCUCCCCACCACGCCUGGAAAGAUAUCUCCCAGCUCCCUCCACCUCCACCACCGCCCCAGGAGGACGAGGUCUCCAUGCCUCCCCACCACAUGGGGAAGGACACCUCCCCAGCAGUAGAGUAUACAGACCGUCGCAAGGCAUCACAAACACCCCAUGAGUAUUAUCUUGGAGAAUACGAGACUUCCAGCAAUCGCCAGCCUAGUCGCCUCUCCUCUGCCACUUAUGUUACCCCAGAUGACAACACAGGAAGGAUGGGUCGCAGGAGCUGCAGUGUCAGCCAGAGCAACAAGACCUACAAGAGCGGUCGGAUAAGCAUGGGGACCUCUGCAGGCGGUGUCUCCGCUCCGGAUCUGGGUACUUUGCAUCAAUCUGGGGCGAAUGGGUCCAACAUGCCCCGGAGGGGGCCAGACGGAGCCACCAUGCCCCGGAUGGGUCCAGACGGGGCCUCCAUGCACCGCAGGGCGUCCUCGGCUUCGGUGAACGCUUACACCCAGCCACUUAUUAUGACCAACACCGUGCAAGACAGCCUUUACGGCACCAUGAGUCGUGCAUCCAGACGCUCGAAUCAGCAACCACAGCACUCCACAGCGGAGGCCUAUGGCACGAUCCGCAGGAAUCACGGACAACAUCGCGUGUCCACCGCUUCACUGGUGCAUGGCGACCAUGGGAUGUUCGACACCGCGCCCUUCAGGUCAUCCAGGGAUAUCCGCAACGUCCAGUGGGAUGAAGGAUCAAUCACGCUCACGCCCGGGAGCAGCCAGUACUCCAUAGCGAGCAGGUCAGUGUCAUCUGGGUCAUUGAAGAUGACGCACAAGGAACAACAAGAAAGCAACAAGGAGCACGCUUUCCACCAGAAGCUCACAUCUGCACCUUGUAUUGUCAGCGGUGGAGGCAUCGGAAUGGCGGGCGAACGUGUGACAAUCACGGAUGCACUGAGCAAUGUCGACGUUUUGGAUGACUUGCCUCUGCCUGACCAGCAGCCUGUCAUUGAGGCACAGGCAUGCUCGGUUGUGUACACUGCUAAUUUUGAUACUAACUUUGAAGAUCGUAUGGCAUAUGUAACUGGGGUAGCAAAGUACAUGGAAGAGGCUGCAACUCAUGCAGAACUGAACAAACUUUUGGAGGAAGGAGAGCAGCAUGCAGUUAUGCUUUACACAUGGCGCUGCUGCUCCCGGGCUAUCCCACAGCCCAAGUCAAAUGAGCAGCCCAAUCGUGUUGAAAUAUAUGAGAAAACAGUCAGGGUGCUGUCUGAUGAGGUGAAGAAAUUAACAAAAUUCAUGAACUUUCAGCGUAAAGCCAUUGAUGUCUUCUGCACCCAAGUCAAACGCCUUUGUCAUCAGGAGAAAAGAAAAGACUUUGUGUCAGAAGCUUAUCUGCUUACGCUUGGAAAAUUCAUAAAUAUGUUCGCAGUUUUGGACGAAUUGAAAAAUAUGAAGUCUAGUGUUAAGAAUGACUAUUCUACAUAUAGAAGAGCUGCACAGUUCCUGAAAGUAAUGAGUGAUACACAGUCUCUUCAGGAAUCACAGAAUCUCUCCAUGUUCCUCGCCACUCAAAACAAAAUACGUGACACACUUAAGGAGAAGCUCACAGCAAUCCCGUCAUAUGAAGACCUUCUCUGUGAUGUGGUGAACAUCUCAGUUCAUAUGUUUGAGAACCGCAUGUACCUGGCUCCCAAGGAGAAACAGAUGCUGGUGAAGGUGAUGGGCUUUGGCCUCUUCCUCAUUGACUCAGAAAUCUGCAACAUCAAUAAACUAGACCAGAAGAAGAAGAUCAAACUGGAUAAGAUAGACAAAAUUUUUAAGAAUUUAGAAGUUGUACCACUGUUUGGAGAUAUGCAGAUUGCUCCUUUCAAUUAUAUAAAAAGGAGCAAGAACUUUGAUUCCAAGAUGUGGCCAAUGUGUAGUGCCUCAUCCAUCAGUCCCCAGGCAGACCUUAUGUGCCAUCUGCCUCGUAUCCGUGAGGAGCAUAUCAAAUACAUCUCUGAUCUUGCUAGAUAUAGUAAUGAGGUUAUUACUACAUACAAAGAGACUGCUAGAACUGAUGCAGAGAACAAAGAUAUAGCAGAUUUGGCUCUCCAUGGUCUGCAGCUACUCAGUGAAUGGACGAGUGUUGUCACAGAAUUAUAUUCAUGGAAACUUCUUCACCCAACAGAUCACCACUCAAACAACCAUUGUCCUGUUGAUGCCGAGGAAUAUGAGAGAGCCACUCGGUACAACUACACAGAUGAAGAAAAAUUUGCAUUAAUUGAAGUCAUUGCCAUGAUCAAGGGACUGCAGGUGUUAAUGGCUCGUAUGGAGACUGUCUUUCUUGACUCCAUUCGACGAAAUAUUUACCAAGAGCUGCAGGACUUCGUGCAGCUUACCCUCCGAGAUCCCCUCCGAAAAGCUAUCAAAAACAAGAAGGAAUUAUUGAGAACUAUACUUGUAUCAGUGAGAGAAACUAGUGCAGACUGGAGUAAAGGAAUGGAACCUCCAGAAGACCCAGCCUUGAAGGGUAAAAAAGACCCAGACAAUGGUUUUGAGAUUAAGGUCCAAAGAAGAAAUGUUGGCCCAUCUUCGACGCAGCUCUAUAUGGUGCGGACAAUGCUGGAAUCUCUUAUCUCAGACAAAUCAGGUGGAAAGAAAACCCUGAGAAAGGAGCUUGACGGACAACAUCUCUGUCAGAUUGAUGAGUUUCACAAGACAUCAUUUUUCUGGACCUACCUCAUAAAUUUCAGUGAAACUUUGCAAUAUUGCUGCGACCUUUCCCAGUUGUGGUAUCGAGAGUUCUACUUGGAAAUGACAAUGGGUCGAAGAAUACAGACGUGCACAGUGGAACACCAGCACAAUGAGGAAUGCAAAGACUUGGUGGUGAUGGAGAAGCGCAUUCAGUUCCCCAUUGAGAUGUCAAUGCCAUGGAUUUUAACUGAUCACAUCCUCCGCUCCAAGGACGCAUCAAUGAUGGAAUGUGUGCUGUAUCCAUUAGAUUUAUAUAAUGACAGUGCAUAUUAUGCCCUGACUCACUUUCGCAAGCAGUUUCUUUAUGACGAGAUUGAGGCAGAAGUCAACCUCUGUUUUGACCAGUUUGUUUUCAAGUUAUCGGAACAGGUCUUUGCCUACUACAAACACCUUGCUGGCAGCAUACUCCUGGACAAGCGCUUCCGGAGUGAGUGCAGUCAACACAACAUGAGAAUUCACUAUCCUCCAGCUAAUAGGUAUGAAACCCUGCUCAAACAGCGUCAUGUUCAGCUCCUAGGACGUAGCAUUGACUUGAACAAGCUCAUCUGCCAGCGCAUCAACGCAUCAAUGCACAAAUCUUUGGAAGUAGCUAUCUCUCGUUUUGAAGGAGCUGAUAUCACUUCUGUUGUGGAGCUGGAGGGUCUGAUUGAAGUCAACAAGUUAACACAUAAACUCCUGUGUCAGUUGUUAGUGUUAGACGACUUUGAUGCUCAGCUGCGGGAAGCCAACCACAAUGUAUUAGCACCUUAUGGCAGGACUACUCUUCAUGUCUUCUGGGAACUCAACUAUGAUUUCUUACCCAAUUACUGCUAUAAUGCAGCAACUGGCAGAUUUGUCAAAGCAGUUGUGACUACUUUUGCUCAGGCAGUGCAGAGAGACAAACCUCCAAAUGUGGCUCCAUACAUGGUUUGGGGAAGUAAAGCACUGAAUGUUGCUUACAGCACUAUAUAUUCACAGUAUUCUGGGUUCCUUGGACCACCACACCUGAGGUCUAUCGUGCGUGUGUUGGGGUACCAGGGCAUUGCUGUUGUGAUGCAAGAGUUGCUUGAGAUUAUUCACUCACUCAUUCAGGGAAAUAUAUUGCAGUUCACCAAAACACUUCUUCAAGCUAUGCCUAAACAGUGCAAGCUUCCCAGAUAUGACUAUGGAUCUCCAGGUGUUCUGGGCUAUUAUCAUGCACAACUGAAUGAUAUUGUGCAGUAUCCUGAUGCCAGAGCUGAUCUCUUCCACCACUUUAGGGAGCUUGGCAAUGCUCUACUUUUCUGCUUGUUAAUAGAGCAGUCCCUCACACUGGAGGAAGUGUGUGACCUCCUGCAGGCAGCACCCUUCCAGAAUAUAUUACCCAGACCAUUUUGCAAAGAGGGUGAGAAGCCUGAAACUAAACAGAAGCGCCUAGAGGCCAAAUACGCUCCUCUGCAGAUUGUCUCCAACAUUGAAAGACUUGGAACAGCAAAGCAAGCCAUGAUUGCCAGAGAGGGAGACUUGUUGACGAGAGAGAGAUUAUGUUGUGGCCUCUCAAUUUUUGAGGUAAUUCUUACGAGAAUUCAAGCUUUUCUAGAAGAUCCCAUAUGGCAUGGCUCCCCACCUGCUAAUGGUGUAAUGAACGUGGACGAGUGCACUGAGUUCCAUCGUCUGUGGUCAGCACUUCAGUUUGUUAUGUGCAUUCCUGUAGGAGCUAACAACUUCACUGUCGAGCAACUAUUUGGUGAAGGUUUGAACUGGGCUGGCUGCUGCAUGAUCGUUCUUUUGGGUCAACAACGAAGAUUUGAAUCCCUUGACUUCUGCUAUCAUAUUCUCCGUGUGCAGAAGGUGGAUGGCAAAGAUGAGCAAAUUAAAGGAAUUCAACUGAAGAGGAUGUGCGACCGCAUCAGACGGUUCCAGGUACUCAACUCGCAGAUCUUUGCUGUUCUCAACAAAUAUUUGAAAACAAGUGAUCCUGAUAAUUUACCAGUGGAACACGUUCGCUGUUUUCAACCACCAAUACACCAAAGUCUUGCCAAUCAGACGUAUCAGCGGCCAGACCACUUGCGCUGAGCAAGUCCUCACUCCAUUCUACGUUAAUACUUUUGUACUGCAUGUAGCGUACACACAUUUGUUCCUACAUUUUCAUCACCUGAUGAAUAGCUUCUUUAUAUGACUUGUGAGCUUAAGGAUAUUUUGUUUGAGAAUUCUUUUCUUUAGGUUAUAAGCAGUUUUUAUAUUGGUUAUAACAUUUAGAAAAAUGUUAUGUUCAGUAAUGAAUUUUUUAUUCAAAUAACAAAAAGCCUUAGAAAGAAUGUUACAAGCUUCAGGUAUAAUAAUAGGAGUAUGUUAAAUGUUGGAUUUAUUGAACAUGAAAUUUCAAUCUCUCAUAUUUAUAGCUUUCCUAGGUCAAAAUAUUGCUUUAUGUGUUAUCACUUCAUUUACUUAUUGUAAUCUGUUGAUGUUUUUAGGUGUUAAGGUUGCUCUCUAUUUAAUCAUCACAUCUGUACAGUACAGUAUUAUUGUAGUAAAAAAAUAUACAGCAUAUUUUGUUUUUUAGUUGAAAGUGUCUUUGUAAAUUGAUGAAGACAAGGAAGCUCCAGAGUCUAAGUUUCAGUUCCAUUUACCAACCUGGCCUUAGCAACAUGUGCAAAUCUUGCUCAAAUUUAUUUUGUUUUAAAUUUGAACUUUUCCAUAUAUGAAACACUGGUUCUGCAUUAUCUUUUGGUUUUGAUAUAGGCAUUUGUUCAAAUAAUAAUUUUUUUUUUUCAAAUAACUUUCAUAUAUUUUUUAAUGUGGCUGAGAAGUAUUUGGAAACAUUUAGAGGUAUAUUAAAUUUUUCUAGUUUAUGUUUGUUCAGUACUGUAUAUACUUAGCCCUUCCCAUAUGUGGGGGAUGCAUUCUGAAGAAAGGCUGUAUAAUAGGAAUCCAUGUUAGGUGAAUCCAUGUUUAUAUAACGGUACAGCAUAUAUUUUUGCUUUGAUUUUGGUGCAGUGCCUGUCUUUUGAGACCCCACACAUGACCCGCCAUUAGUGGAGAAUAUUUGCUGAAUCAUCUAUUAAUAGUCGAGUUAUGUAAGUACCAGUGUCAUGAAUACCAAAGAUUUUGUGUGAAUAUAUUUGUGGAAUUAUGUCUAUAAAUAACAUUUUUCAUUCUUAAAAUUAUGCAACUCUGAUUAUUGAGUCUAAUGGUUGCUCUGGAUGGCCAUAGGCCAGUAGCUACUUCACCCUCACAUCUGUGUUCUUAGAGAUCAUUGUCUCCAGCACAGCAUGACAGUAUUUGAUCUUGGCUACACCACCACAUUAGGGCCAUUGGCACUGGUGAACAAACCAGUAAAUCAACAGUAAUAAGGCUCUAUAAAUAUAUAGCAUUAAAGGCCAUAUAAAUAGUUGCAGCCUGACGAAACUGUUCAGCUGCACGUGCAAACCACAGCCAUCGUCAGUGUUUUCAGUAGUCAGAAAAUGAGAAACUCAUAGUGAAUGAGUAUUAGAAGAACCUGCAGUGUGUGAGGGCUGAGUAUAUAUAGUUUUCCUUUGAGAAACAAACUUAUUCAGGGAAAAUGUUUCAGUCUCAAGUAUUACCAUUUUUUCUGAUUUGAAAUUAGUUUAAGACAUUGAAAUUUAAAAAAAGAUGAUUUAAAAUUGGUUUAAAACAUUGAAAUUUUAAUAAAGAGUAUACUGUUAGUGCUCAAUUAGUUUAGCACUCAUUGGGAAUAAUUGUAAUUUAAAAGAAAUACUAAAUCAUUAUUUGUUGCGAUGCAGUUGAUGGGUAAGUAGAUUUGCGUUCCAUUAAUGGAUAAUACAAAACUCUUCACACUAAAGGGAAUUGUUUAACAGUUUUUUUAGUAUGGGAGGUAGGUUUGUGUUUUUGCUGAUUGCUAAGUAACUACUCAUGUUAGAGAGGUGUUAAAUAGAUGAAUGUUGUGUAGCAUGUAUUAUCACUUGAACUGACUUUAUUAUUAAACUUAUAGCCUAUACUUCUUCAUUAGUAUUGGGAGUUAACACCAGUGUUAGGAGAGGCUGUGAAGGAAUUAAGGUCUUUGAUCUGCAUCAUUCUAGGUGUUGAUAUGCUAAUACUGUAGCAGUAUGAAUAGCAUGAAUGUGUGAUCUUGGUGCAUUUUUGUGAAUUUAAUAAUUGAUUCCUAUGUGCAAAUAAUUACACUCAUUCAUACACAUGUAUCCAAACAAUACUAUCCUUUAAGGAUUUUGCUUAAUUGAAUUAAUUGUAUAAUUAUACAUAGUUUUAAAUUUUGUAAAUAUGAGCUGUUAUGGGAAUGUACGGAAGAUAUUCCAAUUUGUGUAGAGAUGAGAUAAUACAAAAAAGAAGUGUGCACAGGGAGAAUUUUGACAUAGAAUUGUGUAGUAAGAGUGGUUGUGUGUAGGAUCUUUUAUUGAUUCUAAAAUGCAGAUGGAGAGGUGGAUGGCAUAGCUUCAGGAUAAUGGAUCAAGUAGGGUCCCAACUUAGGAUAUUUUGCAUUACUGAGGAUAUUUCAACGUUGAAGUGUUUGGAAAUCAGAGCCUGUUUUUUUCCCAUAGACACCUAUGUUAUCAGAGAUAAGUUUUUGAGUCAUGAUAUUCUGUAUGUAAUUUCAUGUAUUUUUUAAAUAAUGAAGUGAAAAAAUAUAGUACAGUACUCAGAUGAAUCUAGCUCUUUCUCUCCUUCUUCCCUCUCUUCUUUCAUAUCUGACAACAGAACAUGGGCAGUAGUAAGAGGAGUGCCUUCCUCAUUGUAAGUCAGGGAACUGUUGUAUUGUGUAAAGAUUUUUUUCAAGUCAUGUUACAAAAAUCAAUGUUACUGAUACCAAGGAACUGCAUUUCCAUUGAAGCUUGAAAAGGUGUUUGGAUUUGUUAGGCAAGAUACAUAUGCAACAGUUAGGUACAGUGGAACCUCAGAAAUUGAACGUAUCACAUAUUGAACAUUUCGAAAAUAGGACCAUUUUUUCGGACAAACUGUGUCCCUAUUAUCGAACGCGCCCCUAUUUUUGGACCGCCAGGUACGGGACCUGUCUGCCAGCCCGCUCUGUCCGUGUCCCCGCGCAGGCGCCGUGAGCAGUCUAGCUUUGUUUAUGCUUGAGUGAACACUAACCUGCGCUCUCAUUCACGCAUUUUACGAUUAUUUCGUUGUGUUUAGUGUUUGUGGGACUGUGAAAUAAGCUACCAUGGGCCCAAAGAAACUUGCUAGUGGUACCCCUGUGGUAAAGAAAGUGAGAAACACCAUAGAUGUGAAGUAGGAAAUAAUACAGAAGUAUGAGAGUGGUGUGAGACUUGUUGAGCUUGCCAGGAUGUAUGGGAAAAGCAAGUCGACCAUCGGUUCUAUCCUGGCAAAGAAAGAACAAAUCAAGGAAGUUGAUGUUGUGAAAGGUGUUAAUAUGCUAACCAAAAAAAGACCACAAAUAGUUGAAGAGGUUGAGUUGUUGUUGCUGGUGUGGAUCAAGGAUAAAGAGAUUGCAGGUGAUAGUGUUUCAGAGACGAUUAUUUGCGAAAAGGCAAGGAAGUGGUAUGCUGAUCUGGUACAGAAAACUCCUGGAACCAGUGCUGAUAGUGAAUUUAAGGCCAGCAGAGGCUGGUUUGGCAGAUUUAAGAAGUGUAGUGGCAUACACAAUGUUGUAAGACAUGGUGAGGCAGCCAGUUCAGACAAACGGGCAGCUGAGAAGUUUCUACAGGAGUUUAAGGGCUACAUAGACAGUGAAGAAUUCAAACCUGAACAAGUGUUUAAUUGUGACGAAACAGGCUUGUUUUGGAAGAAAAUGCCAAAAAGGACCUUCAUCACACAGGAGAAAAAGGCACUGCCAGGUCACAAGCCUAUGAAAGACAGGCUUACUCUUUUGUUCUGUGCUAAUGCUAGUGGUGAUUUUAAAGUGAAGCCUUUACUUGUGUAUCAUUC